AUGAUCAACACAAGAAACACCAUCGCUCCAUCAGACCACGCGCGUUACGACAGCUUCAUGAAACAGCAUGCCCAUGGCAACACCAUGUCUUCAUACAACUUGAUCGAUGGUGUUGUCCAAAUCCGCAUCGUCAGAUCCAAGACUCUCGAGGUACUCGCAGAAGACCACUUUGCCGACAAUGGCCUUGGCGCGCAAUUCGUCGCCGAAUACCAAUAUGCUACGGAUGAGUAUAUGAAAAGGAGAGCGAAUGUGACUGAGAGGUGCAUUUAUGGUACCCCAGAACCGGAAGCAAAAGUUGUGGUUUAG